AUAUGAUUAGAGCAGUUGACACCAAAAAUAGUAGAGUGUCAUACAAUUUUCUUUUGAAAGAGUCUUUAGAACAAUUUCCUUUCGCUUUGCUGGUAACAGAUUGUCACGACGUGUGGUCGCAAGUUUCUUCAACUGAAGUAUUUCGAAAACAAGUUCAGGAGUUUCUUCCAGGGUUUCUUGGUCCAAGUCAACCUGAACAGCCAUUGCUUGACUUGAUUAGGGAGAAGCUUUUGGCAGCACAAAUAAGAACAAGUGAUCAAGAGAACAGACUCCAGUUCUUGGCAGAUAUAAACGAUGAUAUUUUGCUUCUGUCUUUGGAUAUCGUACUUUCGGAAGUAUCCUUUACUUGGACCUUUCGUUGUACGCAUCACAAACAAGAUUGUCAGUUAUUCUUGUCUGAGCUUCUUGUUUAUCCGUUGUUGAACACUUUAAAAAUACUGAACGAAGAGAAGUAUGCUCUAGUAGAUAUCAUUGCUAGAAAAGACAAAGAAAUUUCCGAAUACAAAAGUUUUUUUGGUACUAUUCCCAAAGUAUCCGUAUCUACGCAACCAUUUUCUUUGGAGAAUUUUGAUCAUCAUUAUACAGUGGAAUCGUAUAUAACUAACUAUAUAGCGACAUCAAACACAAAUGAUGUUUGGACUUUGCAUACAUCCCAGUUGUUUGCUUCUGUAAUUGCUUUGGAUGAAAAUCAGAAGCAGAAACUGUCUAAACUGUUGGGUCAAAAUGUUGGUGAAACUGUUGACUCUACGGAUUCCACUGUGCAAAGCGAACUGAAAAUGGAAACCCAUAAAGAGCUCAAGGUCUCAAGGGAAAACCUCGAAUGCGAAGACAGUCUUAUUGAUCAAAGCUUUGCUGGUCGUACAUCUGAUGAGCAGAAGCAACCGACAGAACUACGCACUCGAAGUAAAUUGUUGAAAACAAUGUCUUCUGAAGAGAGAGUUGGAGAAAAUGUGAAGAAAAAGAAGCGCCUUUUCUGAAGCUUUUUUUGAUCCAGUAGAAUUGGUAAGAUUGAAUGAAAUAGGCUUGUCUUCGUUUGUUGCGCCACUAGUUGACUUUGGUUCCUAUGUUAUUUUUGCUGUAGCUACCUGAGAGAAAGACAUAUUUGCUUUUAAAGUUUUUUACUGUUUAUUUAUUUUGU